AUGCUGUCCAUAACAAUUUUCCUUCUGCUGCCCAUCUACGCCUUUGCCAGUAUAAAGUUGUACAUAAAAGCUUCAUCGCCAGAAAGAGGGGAUAUAGAGUUCAUUGGAGCUAACGUGGAUGUGGUGGGGGACGAAGAUUUCGGCACCUUCAGCUUUAUUGAAGACAGCUUCAAAGAAGCAGUAAUGACGUAUUCUGGGGAAGCACCAGCAGAAGUCUACGUCAGAAAUCCAUCUGAUGACAAUGCAGAGUUUAGAGACCUGUACCUCAGCAACAACUGGAACCCAGUGACCAGAAGCAUCAUCCCCACGACGGGAAGUCUCAUCAACUAUUCCGUCGAACCUAUAAUCAAAGCUUCUGAAGUAUUUUACAACGAAAAACCAGAGAGAAUAACCCAUAAAUUCGAAAUUGAAGGCGUAUAUGUAAAAUCUGUCACAGCAUAUUGGCAAAACCAAGAGUAUUACACAAGAAAUGAAUUACAACUCAUGUCUCUAUCAAGAAGUGAUAAUACUAUUGUGUAUGUCGUAGAUUUUGGUGUUAAUGACGUUGAAGAAAUAGAACAAGUUAAUUUUGAAGAGCGAUUCAAAGGGAAUGUGGAUUGGAAGAAAGAAUCGAAUGUGCAUCAAGUUCUUGACUUAGAAUUGGACGAGGGACAACAGUUAGAAGCUACUAUGAAAGCUACACGCUACACUUUUGAUUUCCAAGUGAACUAUACUGUAAGUUUUGGUGGCGACGUCGCUUGCUAUUAUCCAAACGGACAUAAAGGGCGGGACUUCUGGGCGUAUGACAUCAAUGAGGUGUUAAGAGCUGCAGAAAUGAAGACCACAUUAGAAUGGACUGAAAAUAUCCAAGUCACUUAUGAUUCCGAUCCUCAAUUUGCAGUGAAAGAUUUAUAAGCUACUUCGAGUCACUUUACCAAAGAAUAAAGAACAGAACGGACACUCUUCGGUUCGCACCAAUUCGUAUCGAUGCCUAGCUAGAUUUACCACACUCUCUAGCUGGGGCUCAAGAGACU